CGUGGCAUCAAGAAAAACCUGCCACAUGACUCGCAAAGCAGGAAGUGCAUCAGCUUCAGUCUCAUAAACCAUACUGUACAUCCAGCAGGGAAGAGUGUCCUGUCCAGUGUUCUGUCUGGGGAAAAAAUAAGCGAUCAGUAACAGCAAGAUGUUUUGGAGAAUCCUCUUUGCGACCCUUGUGCUGUCUGUUUUUGGGUCUUCUGUGGGCGCAGAUGACAAGUGUGAAACACUGACUUCCUGUGAAGAAUGCACAAAUACAACUGGAUGCGCGUGGGGGACAUGCCCAAAUAAUAGUAUCUCCUGUUAUGACGUCGAAUCGGGACAAAACUGCAACAGCACCAACUGCACACUUGAGCCAACUACAGCUCCUUCAAAUCUGACCACUGCAACGACCGCCAACGCCACUACAGCAACCGCCAGCACCACCACUGCCUCUAAUACUACAUCUGCACCAGCCACGUCCACUUCCACUGCAAGUACCACCACGUCAAAUGCCACCACAACAUCACUGCCACCCAGUCCUCAGAAGAAAUCUACGUUCGACGCCGCCAGUUUCAUCGGCGGGAUCGUCCUUGUGCUCGGCCUUCAAGCUGUCAUCUUCUUCCUCUACAAGUUUUGCAAGUCCAAGGACCGCAACUACCACACUCUGUAAAAUACGGCACUGUUUAGAGGCACCGCGUUGCACGUCAACUUCAUGUGUACACACACACACACACACACACACACACACAACACAACACACACACACAAACUCUUCGAUCUUCCUCCAUCCUCUUGUGCCACAUGAUUAUUUGAUGCCUGUGGUUUGAGCUUUACAUUUAAAUGAAGUGAGGAUGUGAGUAUACACACACACACACACACACACACACACACACACACACACACCCCGCCCUGAAGCAGUGGCAUUGUCACUUAUCCCAUUCCCAUGUCUGUCUUAUAGCUUCCUUAUUCACAACUUCUGUCCAUUUUUAACACUUCUCCAUUAUCAGUCUUCUCUCCCAACAGUUCAAUUAAAAAUAAUCCCUCCACUACUCUAGGCUGCAUAUUAUUAUUAUUAUGUCCAUGCCGCCAUUUUGUUGCCAGGUUUUCAAUGUCACUGCUUUAUGAGGUGGAGGUUAAACAUCACCAGUACCCGCUUCCUUACAUUUAGCAUAAUCUGAGCUGGGUUAUGUUUUGACAUGCAAGAGUUUUAGUGAAGUCACACUGGUUUGUUUGUUUUUCUGCAUACCUUGUUCACGCAGACUUAGCAUCAUGAGAACGGAGGGCAGAUACGUUCCUCCACCCACAUAAUUUCAGUCUCCCUGAAGCCAUAGAUGCAUGUCGAAAAGAUUUUUUUUUUAGAAUGUCUUUGGUUGUAAUUUAUUUCUUGCUCGAAGCUUUGCUUUAAAAAAAAAUCACAGGCUGUUAGUAUAUUUGGCGAUUGCUCCUUUUUUUUUUUUUUUUUUUGGCUCUUAUGUUGUUAAUAUCAUUCUUCUUUUUUCGCACCUUUAAUUUUCAACCAAACAACAGAGCAUGACCUGUUUGCAAUAAAUUCUAAUAACUAGCUCAGUCCUUUGCGGUCUAACGACUGCAUUGCCAGGAUUAGUGAAUAUAAAGCCACUAGCCGAAUCCGUUGCUAAAAAUGAUAAUAACGAAACCUUUUCCAAGAAGUUUUUUUUUUUUUUUCCCCCCCAAAGAGGGUUGGAGAUGAUGGUUGGUUUAACUUGACAUGUUUUUGUCUCCCCUCCCUCUUCUUUGAGCCUUAAAGUUGUGAAUGCAUAAGUAUAGACUCUGGUCUGCCACUUCCUGCUGGAGCAGGCUGUGUGUGUGCGUGCUCUAUAUUAUCAGCGAGGUUGAUAAAGGCUGCCAGCUGGACUGUUUGCUAUAUUAUAAAGAAUAUAUUAAUUAAUGAUUAGUUAGCAGUAGUUCAAUUCUGCGCCGAGGUUCGUGAAAUCAUUCCGAAGCCUCGGCGCUCUAGCCUGCCUUACGCUUUCCUGCUACGUGUCGGCUUUUACGGUCCCUUCGUCUUGAAGGGAACAAACUUUUUGUGAGAGUUCUCCUGAAUAAUCAAAAGGAAGUACGUUUAUUUACUGGUGUGAAAAUCUUACGGUACUAAAAAAAAAAAAAUCACUAAACACGCUCUUUUUCCACUGCAGCUGUAUGUUUUUGCCAAAAUGUAUUUGUUUUUUAAUAGAACGAAGGAAGACUCUUGUCAUCUGUGAUUUCAGGCCACAGGUCAGAGGUCAUUCACAUCCUGUUUUUUUUAAGUAUUCCCCUUUUGUUCAUUCUCAGAGAAGUGCAUCAAAAGUGUUGGAGUGAAAAAAAGGCUGUAUUGAAAACUCAAUCUGAGCUGCUUUGUCUACAUAAGAAAGUAUCAUUUCUUAAAAACUGAUUUCUCCGAAUUUUCCCAUAUAUAGUAAUUCAGGAAGCCAUUUUCGGUUACCUAGUGACAAUAUAUGUGAUUAUUAUGGUGUGUUUGUUUUCUUCACCUGCCAAAAUACACGUAAGCCACGCCGCAUGUUGUUGUGUACUUAGUUUGAUACACUGUUCAUUAAAUUGCUGGAGGAGAAUAGUGCCUGAAAAGAAAUGAAGGGUUAGAGAUUUGAGCAGUCUUGAUUAGCUUGCUGCUAAUAAUGCGAUGCCGUCUGUUUUGAUAAAUACCUUGUCAUUCUGUCAGGUUGGGUGAAGUUCUUAUUAAAGCUGUUUUUUUUUUUUUUUUUUUGUGUGUGUGCCAUGAUUUUUUUUUAUUUUAUUUUUGUUCUUCUGACUUUGCUUGGAGCCUUAAUUAUUGCUGUCAUUUUGAUUUCGAUCCAUUAAACGUCUGCUGUCAAAACCUCGCAUGUUUCACCAAAACCACUUAAAAGCCAAGUUUGUGUUAUUUGAACCGAUUGCUUUUACGCCAAAGGUGUCCAUCUGAGCGUGAUAAACGGCUCCGUUAACUUUUUGCCUUGCACUGGGAUUGUCGGUCACGUUAAACGUUAAUACAAAAUUUACUGCACGCCUGUUUGCUUGAAGCGGAUCCUACUUUAAUUUUUGUCUAGACAUCGAUUUGUGUAGCAUGCGAUUUUUGUUAGUGACUACCAUAGCUAGGAAGAAUAACCAGAGUCACAUUAUUGUGUCAAGGUUAUAUUCAAGGAUCCCUUUUUUUUUUUUAAAUGUAAAAUAUAACAUGGAGUGAUGCUAGGGUCGAUUUUCAGAUUGUUGCCCACAGAGAGCUACCUGAUCUCAUCUGUGCGUCUCUCUCUCUCUCUUUCUCUCUCUCUCUCUCUCUCUCUCUCUCUCUCUCUCGAUUCACAUGCUCCUGUGGUAUCCUCCAUGUCUGUUUCACAGAGACCCAGAGCUCGUCUGUGUGGCUCGGUAGUGUUCGGAUUAGACCCAUGCCGAAUCAGGAGCACUGUUGAUUUCCAUAGAAACAGCCAUGAUAAAUUAACCCACUUUAUUUUUGUUGUUUCUUCCUAAGCUGUAAUUACUUAUUUCUUGUUGGACCUCUUGAAAACGAAGUGCCUUAAUGAUGUAGAAGGUUUAAAAAUGAAGAUGUUUCGUCUUUAAAACACAUUGAUCCUUACGGAAACGUUGCAUGUUCUUGCCUGGGUGAAAAACGAUGUCUGAAUGCCAAUAUGAUGUAGAAACCUGAGAGUUGAGUGGAAUGCUUACUCCAUUGUCCUCUCUCUGUUGGUUUGUAUAAAAAUCCCAGCACUUAUUUCCUUCUCUCAGUUUUUCGGUUUAGGUUUAGCCCUGCUGUUUAGUACGAGUGUGUAUCCGAACCGUAGACAACCUUUGAUCUCGAUGUAUUAAAGUUUGCCUGAGUGAGAGAACAAUACACACUCUAGGACUUGCAAUUGCUUUAUGUUUCCACAAGGUCUGCCUUAAAAUGUUUUCAGCUCUGUAAUCUUUUUUUUGUUUAUUUUUUGUUUUUGCAUUAUUUGCUUUAGUUUUGCAGUGGCGAUUAGGUUUGAAGAUGUUAAAAUUCAAUAAUUAAUUAAAAACUGAGUAAUGUAAAACAACA